CUGGUUUCAGAAUCUCCCAACUCUGCGCUGAAACGACGAUUUCGCACGAAUUUCACAGAAGCUCAAUCUUUGCUAUUGGAAGAAGCAUUUCAAGAGUCCCACUAUCCAGAUCAGUCAGCCAAAAAGGAUAUGGCCGAGAAGCUCGAUAUCCCUGAAGAUCGUAUUACGAAGUCUCUUGAUGCAAGUAACUUUAUGUGGAUACUGUGUUGGUACUUCUGCUACUUCGUAAUGCCAAUUGCUCACGGGAUUCAGCUGAUGAGCGGGCGGAAGUUGAGAAUGGUGACGGUUGGACAUGUGCUCCGCGAUACGGUAUAUUGGCCAGAUGUCCGAGACGGCGAUCGGGAUUAA